CAGUUGCCACAUUCCGCGCCUGAGCACCAUUGCUGAUAUAUUCUUUCAUUGCUGGUUGGAUAUAGAAAGAAAAGGUGGAUUAUAUUCGGUUUAGUAUACCCAAGGCAGAAUUCGCACCACCGCUUCGCCCGGUGCGUUUGGGAAGAAGAAGCACGACGUCUCACCAGCACGCAGACCUCUGGCAGUUCUCUUGUGGUCCGCUUCACCAGCUGCGUUACCAUGGCAACGGAGGAGAAGAAACCAGAAACUGAGGCUUCUAAGACGCAGUCUGCAUCAUCUACUUCUGGCAGUCAGACUAAGUCCGCCCCCGCGAAGCCCAACUACACGCUGAAGUUCACGCUAGCCGGCCACACGAAAGCCGUGUCCUCAGUGAAGUUCAGCCCGAACGGAGAGUGGCUGGCCAGCUCGUCGGCUGACAAACUGAUAAAAAUAUGGGGAGCGUACGACGGAAAGUUUGAGAAAACGGUGUCUGGACACAAACUUGGGAUCUCGGACGUAGCCUGGUCGUCGGACUCCAACCUCCUGGUCUCCGCUUCGGACGACAAGACGCUUAAGAUCUGGGACGUGAGCUCGGGAAAGUGCCUGAAAACGCUGAAGGGCCACAGCAACUACGUCUUCUGCUGUAACUUCAACCCCCAGUCCAACCUCAUUGUGUCCGGCUCGUUUGACGAAAGCGUGCGGAUAUGGGACGUGAAAACAGGGAAGUGCCUGAAGACCCUGCCAGCCCACUCCGAUCCAGUAUCAGCGGUCCAUUUCAACAGAGACGGCUCUCUCAUAGUGUCCAGCAGCUACGACGGUCUCUGUCGAAUCUGGGACACGGCGUCGGGACAGUGUCUGAAAACGCUCAUCGACGACGACAACCCUCCGGUGUCCUUCGUGAAGUUCUCCCCCAACGGGAAGUACAUCCUGGCCGCUACUCUGGAUAACACGUUGAAGCUUUGGGACUACAGCAAGGGAAAGUGCUUGAAGACGUACACCGGCCACAAAAAUGAGAAGUACUGCGUGUUUGCAAAUUUCUCCGUCACCGGUGGAAAGUGGAUCGUCUCCGGUUCGGAGGACAACAUGGUGUACAUCUGGAACCUUCAGACCAAGGAGAUCGUACAGAAACUACAGGGUCACACAGAUGUUGUGAUCUCGACGGCCUGCCACCUCACAGAGAACAUCAUCGCCUCGGCGGCGCUGGAGAACGACAAAACCAUCAAACUGUGGAAGAGCGACUGCUAAGCCCUGAGAUCUGUUUUUUUUUUUUUUUUUUUUUUUUUUGGUUCCGUUUCAUUUUGUAUUAUUUUUUUUCCCCUUUUUUUAUUAUUUGUAAAUGGACUUUUCACCAUAGAGAUCACGCUUGACCCACAACCCCCCGUUUACGUAUGGGGAUAGGGCCAGGACAGAGGAACAGCUAGAACGCCAGGCCCAAGCCCAGAACAAAGUCCCCGCCCUCCCAAAUCCAUCGUACCCCCCCCUUCUCUGCCACCCUCACGGAACGCUCAGAGUCUUCUGAACCUCGCCUCAGUCUUAUUUAAACUGUGCGAAUCAAGUCUUUGUUUUCUGAUAAAUCCAAUAAACGCUGGCCGCAGACAGUGGAAAUAGAAGCACUUCAUUCCACUCCACGCGGAAAAAAUAGUAUA